CGUAUACUUUGUGGAAUUAAUGGUUAUGAUUGUUCUGAGUUCUUUUACCUGAAAAAGGUUCAGGAAAGACUUAGCGAAUGUGAUAUUACCAAGCCUCCUUCAAUGCAUAAUCUAAUAGACAUAAUGAUAAUGCUAUAUAUGCGAUCAGCAGAUGUGAAAAAUCUUCGUGAGGUAGAAGAACCCCGGCCAUUCCUUUCAAUAGGAAAAAAUCCAAUACGAGCAAGAGAAUUACUUAUCUGGAUUCAGAGAUCAAUACUGGAUAAAUUUCUUUUCUUGUUAAAAAAUAAGGAUGGAAAUACUAAUAUUGCACCUCUUAAUCAAUUCUUAAGUCGCCAUAGAAUUACCUCAUAUAUGUUAAGAAAAAUAGGUGCCGAUCAUGCUUCCAGAGUACAUGGAGGUAGAAAUGAUUCCUGCCGUCAAUAUUUACGACAAUUGGCAUGUAGACAUAAAAUAGGUCAUGCUUUAUCAGUUGAACAUUAUGGUGUAAUGAAUGACAGACCAAAUACCCCAGCAUCUAAACAAGAAAAUAGUGAGGUAGAGGAUAUCAUUGACCUAUAUAAUUACUAA